GUUUAGUAUGGUUUUUCCCGGUCCGUACUUCUCAAAAGAGAAAAUACUUGCAGGCAUUGAACAAACAAUGGAGAAAAGAGAAGAAGCAGGAGAGUAUCAUUCCAAAGAUUUCGAAUGGGAAUUUCUCAAGAACAUCGUCGAGAACGAUCCUUCUCUCUCCCACCAUCUCCACCACCACCACCAAAAUCUCUCCAAAUAUUUACCAGAUUCGCAGCCAUGGCAAGAUUUUCACUCCCGUCACUCCUCCGGAAAAUUCUUCAAGGAAAGAAGGUAUCUGUUGAAGGAAUUUCCUGAAUUAGUUUCUUGUGGAGAGAACUCAAAACUUUUGGAAAUUGGUUGUGGUAAUGGCAGUACCGUGCUUCCGAUUUUACGUGGAAGCAAGAACAUUACUGUGUAUGCUUGUGAUUGUAGCAGUGACGCUCUUGUUAGGACUAAAGAGAACAUUGAUCGCGCUAUUUCUUCGGUUGAUAACUUUCAUUCUUUUUGUUGUGACUUUUCGACUUCUGAGUUUCCAGAUUGGGUGGCAUGUGAUCGUUGUCGAGACAAGUUUAUGCUUAACCACUCAGGAGGGAGUGAGAGCAAACAUUGCAUCGGUGGGGUGGAUUUUGUCACUCUGGUAUGUGAACAUCGCUCAUUUAGUUAAGAGGAAUAACAAUGCUCACUGUAGGAAACAGUAAUGUCAGAUAUUCUGCAGUGGAACUAGAGUAGUUGAUCUCAUGGUUUUUAUAAUGUGGUUAUAAGAUAGAUGUGAAACUGAAAUUUAUGUUUCUAAUCUUCUAUGAUCUGAUUCUUAGCUAUUAGGCUUUUUACAGAUGUGUUAUAUGCUCUGCUAUGUGAACAUUUCUAAUCGAAACGGUUGUUAUUCCAACUUUUUAUGUUAUGUCAGAUAUUUACAUUGUCGGCAGUGCCUAAAGAAAGAAUGCCGAGAGCUAUCAAGGAAUGCUUUGCUGUGCUGAAACCUGGUGGUCUGCUCUUAUUUAGAGAUUAUGGAUUAUAUGACAUGACUAUGCUACGGUUUGAGCCAGAGAAACGUGUAGGAUUUAGGGAAUAUGUGCGGUCUGAUGGAACCCUUUCCUAUUUCUUUUGUCUCGACACUGCCAGGAAACUAUUUACUGAUGCUGGAUUCAUUGAGGUUGAGCUUGAAUAUUGUUGUGUCAAAGCAGUAAACCGGAGAAAGGGUAAGGACAUGUACCGAGUUUGGGUUCAUGGGAAGUUCCAAAAGCCCUUCUCUAAUUAAGUUGAAACGCAAUGCUCUAUCUGUGAAGAAGAUUGCAGAGUCUAGUGUUUGGAUUAUCUUUACACUGAUCCUCUCAUACUAAGUUCACGUUCUUUGUUCUCUAAUUGUAACCUCACUUGUUCAUAUAUUCAAAACCAUAUUCAUAAGACUCUAGUCGUCAAAUCAUUGCAGAUCAAAACUAAAUUCGUUUUUUUUAGUGUAAGAUUUUUCUUGCGAAACAAUCUUUGAGUUUCAU